AUGGGGAUUUGUAGCUCAUGCGAUUCGACAGCUGUCGCCACCGCUAAAUUGAUAUUACACGACGGUAGCCUCCAGGAAUUCUCCUACCCGGUUAAAGUUUCAUACGUAUUACAAAAGAAUCCAUCCACCUUCAUCUGUAAUUCCGACGAGAUGGAAUUUGAUGAUGUUGUUUCCGCUAUCCGUGAUGAGGACGUGCUUCAUCCUGGUCAGCUCUACUUCGCGCUUCCGUUGACUCGGUUGAGGCGUCCGCUUCUGCCGGAGGAGAUGGCUGCAUUGGCCGUAAAAGCUAGCUCCGCAUUGGCCAAAAGCGGUGGCGAAAAAUGCGGUUGUCGUCGGAAAAACCUUAAUUUCACAGCACCCGUUUGUUCAGGUGGUCAUAGCAAUACGAAGAGUUCGGGUCGGGUAUCGGAUGUAGGGAAUAUUGGAUCUAGAAGCGAUAGGAGGAGAGGCGUUGGUAGCGGAAGGAGGCGUAACUUUACGGCAAUGUUAACGGCCAUACCUGAAUAG